AUGGCGAGCCGUGUCGAUUCAAUUCAAGGUCUCAGUAGGCAAGACUCUAUCAUAACACUUCAAAUUAAUGAGUUGGAGACAGAGUAUAAUGGUCAAUCCUCAUCAAAUAGCACUUUCGAGUCCAAUGAUUCACCUACCAAUCGACUAGAUCAAAUGAGCCAUCUAAAGAAACUGACGCAGGCUUUGUAUGCCCGUGGGUUUUUGGAUGGCAUGUUUUCUGAUAUUACUGUCGAGGCAUUGGGCCAUAAAUUUAAGCUUCAUCGCAUUGUUCUUGUGAGCAAUUCGUAUUUUGCUGGAAUGCUCUCAAAUAACUUUUGGAUUGAGCAAUCUCAGUCAUCGAUUUCAAUUCAGUUUGACGAUCCGAAUAUUACUGUGGAAGCGUUAACCGUCGUGUUCUCUAGAAUAUAUGGUCAGACUAAAAUGUCGAUUACAGCUGAAAAUGCAAAGUCGCUUUUGGCCGCUGGUAUAUUUUUUGACGAUCUUGAUAUUUGCCAACAAAGCAUGCAGUUUAUUAUUUCAACCCUAGACGAGUCAAACAUUAUCGAGUACCUGAUUUUCUGUGAUGAUUUUUCUUAUGGAACAUACUCUGAUUCAGUGCUGAAUACAAUUGUCACGCAGCUAUGCCAUCGGGGAUAUACAGAGUUUUCUCAGUUGAUGGAAAAACUUCCAUUGCAUUGGCUAGCUCGUAUUGUUGGAUCUGAUUGCUUCAUGUGUCCAGAUGAAUUCUCCCGAUACGAGUUUUUGCGAGAUGUUCUUUGUCGUCGCUCGGCCAAUGACACCGAGUGGUCUAAAGUACAGCUCAGAUCAGACACGGCUUGCAGCAAUCAUACGCUUGUUGAAAGCAACGCUUUAACAGAUCUAGAUGCUAAUGUACCCAAAGGCUUUAGCGAUGACGAUUCUGAUGACAUACUUUGUGAUGCAAGUAUGGAUUCUUCAAAGUCUACCACCAAAGACAAGGGUGAGGCAUGCAACGAGCACAAUCGCGACCAUCUUUACGUCUUUGCAAAUGCUAUCCGAUUCUGCCAUCUCUCGUUUACUGAACUCAAAGCCAUUAAAAAGGAAAGACAUGUGCAGAAUACCGUAUUGGAGCGGGCCAUUUGGAAUCAGUUGGAGCUCGAGGAUAAAAUUGUUGGAUCGUCGGCAGAGGAUUUGGAGAUUGGAAGUGUGACAUUGGCAGACAAGGAGCCUAUUCCUCAUGAUGAUACUGAUCGUAUAGAUGGACAGUUUUUAGUCAAUGUCAUCAAAGGGCCCAUGUUUCCUUACAAGAACAGCACAUCCCCACCAUUUAGAUUUGGCAUCAAGUUUUCCAAUUUACAGCAUUUGGCGACCGGAUCUAAACUGGUAUCCAAGCGUGCUUAUUAUGCAGGAUCGUACUGGCAAGUAUAUCUACAACAGAUUUCCAAAAAUGGAUUGCCAAAGCUUGGGAUAUAUUUACAACGGAUAUCACCCAAUAGCGAGGGAUGGGUUCAAGACGAAUCUAAAGAUGAAUCAGAAUCUUCUAUAAAGCCUAUUGCUUCUGCAGUACAAAGUGGUCGAUAUGAAGAUAAACGGAUUCAGGUGCGGACAUGGUUUCAGCUGUAUUGUUUCUUUCCCAACAAAUGCUAUACUUUGGAGAGCAAGCCAGAUAUUUUCAAGACCAAUCAGUCAUGGGGAUGGCGUAGUCACAAACUGUAUCGAGACGCAAUGGAUUCUGGACAAAAGGCAUCAUUUGAAUGUGCGGUUGUCUUGUGCCAUGUUUAA